CGUGUGAAUGAGAACCAUGAGAGGUGUCAGUGUGUGGACGCUGCUUGCUGCUGCAUGUGUUUACCUGGACAUUGCUCGCUCAGAGGCAGACAGCUGUCAAAAAUGUGACUCCAGCAACUUCUGUAACUGCUCUUCAAUGAACUUAGUGACUAUUCCACGUGUGUUGGAGAAAGUCUCAAGAUUGAACCUCUCCUACAACUUCAUAACGCACAUCAAGGAAACUGAUCUCACUAAGCAUAUUAAACUCAAAGUACUUAUGCUACAAUCAAAUGAAAUACAGUCUAUUGAUGACCAGGCAUUUAAGAGCAACGUGGUCCUAGAAUACCUUGAUUUGUCCAAUAACUCCUUGAUCCAACUCUCACCAGCUUGGUUUCUGCAUCUUUCCAAAUUACAACACCUGGAUCUUUCAGGGAAUAAAUACAGAAACCUGGGACCAGGCAGACUUUUCUCACAUCUGGAAAGCCUCCGGUGGUUAAAAGUUGGAAACGCUUUCUUGUCUAAUCUAAAGAAAGAUGACUUUGAAGGAAUUUCACAUCUCGAUGACUUUAUUUUACUGGGAAACAAAUUAGAAUCAUACGAAGACAGAAGUUUCAGUUCUUUCCAAAAUGUAAGCCAUGCCACUAUGAAUUUACAUGACCCAUUCCAAAAAAAACAGUCCUUAGUUCAACGGAUUAUCUGGGAUUUAGCACCAGCCACCACCCAUGUUGAACUGAGAGACUUAGAAUAUCUGAGUUCCAGUGAUACUCAAUUAUUUUCAUUGCCAAAUAAUUCAUCAGUGAAGAAAUAUACCUUCAGAAAUAGUUCUCUGAGUGACAAUACAAUAUAUGUUUUACUAAAAAAUAUAAGAGACAGUGGAAUAUCUGAACUAGUUGCAGAAAAUUGUGCAUUUUCAGGAAGAGGAGAAUGGCACAAAGUUAAAGAUAUGACAUGUGAAUCACUUAUUUCACUGACAAUCAGACAUAUAUCCAUAAAACAGUUUUAUUUAUUUUUUGAUCUUUCGUUCCUUCAUGGCUUGAUAUCCCAUGUUAGAACAGCUAGGUUGACAAACUUGAACUUGUUCAUGAUGCCAUGUGGUAUAUCCCAACAUUUUCAAAGAUUGGAGUAUCUUGAUUUAAGGGAGAAUUUGCUCACUGAUUUAAUGAUGAAAGAAAUGGUUUGUGAGAACUCCUGGUCUUCCCUGAUGUACCUUAUUCUGAGAAAGAAUAAGUUGCAUUCUCUCAAGAAAAUUAGCCCGAUUUUAUCUAACAUUACCCACCUGACGCACCUCGAUUUAAGCCAGAAUACAUUAAGUGAUGUUGAUUCUUGUGUAUGGUCAAAAACUCUUCAAUUUCUAAACCUUUCAGGCAGUCAAUUAAGUACUAUAUCACAGUGCAUCCCUCCAAAUAUCGAGGUGUUGGAUUUAAGCAACAAUAACAUAAGGACAUUCACUACCCACCUUCCUUCUCUCAGAGAACUAAAUGUGUCCAAUAACAAGCUGAUGUAUUUACCAGGCGGUGGCUAUCUACCAAACGUGAAGAUUCUGAUGAUCAGUGGGAAUAAUCUCAUCUCUAUGUCCAGUGAUGAAAUCACGACAUUCGAUAAGUUGACAACAUUGGAUGCUGGAAAGAACCAUUACAUCUGUUCCUGUGAAUUCUUGACCUAUAUAAACAAAUACCUAACCCACUCAAUACAACUGCUGAACUGGCCGGAAAACUACAUUUGUGAUUCACCUUUAGUUGUCAAGCGAAUGAUUGUGAAAAAUACCAAGCGCUCUUUCUUUGACUGUCACACAACACUCUCUGUCACCUUGUCGUGUGUGGCUUUGUGUUUGCCAAUAGCUAUUGUGGGACUAUUGUGCUACAAGUAUCACGGGAUCUGGUACAUCCAAAUGACCUGGGCGUGGCUCCAGGCAAAAAGGAAGCCAAAGAAAGUGAGGAAUAAUAAUAUUUUCUACGACGCAUUUGUUUCUUACAGCGAGAUGGAUUCUGAGUGGGUGGAAAACGUCUUGCUGAGGGAAUUAGAAAAUACCCAUCCACCAGUGACACUCUGUCUUCAUAAGCGCGAUUUCAUCCCAGGGAAGUGGAUAAUUGACAACAUCAUUGAGUCCAUUGAGAAGAGCAGAAAGACCCUGUUUGUCUUGUCUCAACACUUUGUCCAAAGCGAGUGGUGCAAGUACGAGCUGGACUAUUCUCAUUUCCGUCUGUUUGAUGAGAAUAAUGACACCGCCAUUCUUGUUCUGUUGGAGCCAAUCCCAAAGGAAACCAUUCCUCAGCGAUUCUGUAAGCUUAGGAAACUGAUGAACACAAAAACCUAUUUGGAAUGGCCUGAGGAUGAAGUAGAACAGAAAAUCUUCUGGUUUAACUUAAAAGUAGCAUUAAAAGGUGAGGAAAACAUAGGAUGUCAACAAGACUGAGGCACUCCUCUUGGCUGCCGUCAGCAUCGCCAUCCCUCGGACGCUGACAGAAUCUCCCUUCAUGGACCUUGAACUCUCCUUCAUACCCCACAUCCCUGACAUGACUG